AAAUAAAUAAGAAUGUAAACACCAGAGCCAUAGACAAUGCAUUACAAAAUCAGAAGUAGAAGUCGUGAUACUUCCAAACUAAAGUGAUUUAAGCAAUUUAAAGUAGAUUGAUGGCUAGAUCAACUACAGAUAGUAGUAGCAGUGGAAGUAGCAGCAGCUCUUCUUCUUCUAGUUCAUCAAGUAGCAGUAGCUCAUCUGGAAGUUCUUCAAGUAGUGGAUGCCAUUUCCAUUAUGUAAUCGGAGACAAAAUUGACAAAUAUGUGAUAACGAAAUAUUUAUGUUCGGGCACAUUCGGAAUGGUGUUGGAAGUGAUUGACGAACAGGGAAUACCAUAUGCUGUGAAAGUUAUUAGAUUAAUAUUCAGAUCUUGAGCGAAACUGAUCAUA